AGAGGCUCUAUCCCCCGGGGGCUUUCAGCCGCUUCUUCAGCGCUUGCUGCAAACAGAUCGCAGGCUCUGGAAAAGAAAUCGAAUCGUGUGUAGCAAUUAAACGGGAAACGAACGGGGCUUUUUGCACCCUCUCUGAUUAAUUUCAGAGAUACCAUGAGGCGUGUGAUAAAGCCGGGGUUUAGAGCACGCUUUAUCUGUUGUUCGUAUUCUGGGGUUUAACGAAUUCAGGGAUGUCUUCUCUCUUUUCACCUGUGAAGUGUGCCCAUAAUAUUCAGAGCCAGCAAAAACCAAUCUAGGAGUUAAUAUUGGGUUCUGGAAUAAUUACCUGUCAUAGAAAAGCAAUAUUUCUGGUGUUUUCAACAUCCUGGCAAAGAAGCUUUGCAAAGCAUCACUUGGUUUCUUAUUUCAAAGGUGGAGAUUCUGACUUCAACUCAGUACUUUAAGGGCUCCUGUUUAGAUUCUGCUCUGUCUCAAUGACUUGAGGCUGUUGAUUAUGUUAAGUUAGCUGCAGAUACCUAUUUAAAAAUGCAUUUUCCUUUGCUGAAGGCUUUUUAACUGUUUACCUGUAAAUAAUCACUCAUUGAAUCUGAAUCGAGAAAGCUGCUGUUUGAGAGAAGUAACUAAUGAUUUGAAAGAAUGGGUUUGAGGACUCUUCAGCACUUAAACACUCAGCUUAAUUUUCUUGAUCGGGUUGGGAUCACUGUCUUUUUGGGAGUGGAAAGUCUGCCAUUAGAAAAUAACAGGGUUUCACUAUAACUGAGGUUAUCUAAGAAGUCCUUUCUUUGGUGUUCUUAUUUAUUGUGUGCUCAAAGUGAAGAUGGAAAUGAUCCUUCAGUUUUUUGGUCUGUACUUCAGGAUGAUGAGGAUCCAUUAACAUUCCUAUGGUUGUUGCACUGGGGAUGAAGUUAGUGCAACAGUGUUGUAAUGUGUUAUCCCUGGAUACAGCAACUUCCAGGAGUGUUUCUGUGGGUCUUGGGCAAAUCUGGGUACCCUGAGAACAGAGGGCUAACAUGGCUGACUUGGAUUUUCCACGCCCAGUGUGUGUGUAGGUUUGGUAGGGUCACAGAGCGGCAGACAGGCCCUGGCAAAAAUGGAUGUUUGAACCAAAAUUUGUCGUUAAUUUGAUUGUAUCUCUCUGUGACUGGUUUGGUUUUGCAACUACUGAAAGAACUGUCCAGCUGGAGCUGUCAGCUCCAGGUUCUGGGCUGGGAUCAACAGGUUAGAUCAGGAGUCGGAUUUUGAUGAUCUUAGUGAUGAUCUUUUGACUUGGGUUAUUCAGGAUAUUGAAUCAUUGAAUCACUGAAUUAUUCUGCUGAGUUUAGAAGGUUGUAUGCACCAAUACGAGAAAAAUCUCCUUAGUUAUACACUGCUGGUCAGGAUUUCUUCCCAAAAUGACACGUGCACUUAAAAUGCCCGUGACGUUUCACACAUUGCAUGGUGCUUAAGAGCAGCAAAGUGUCAGAGUUUACUUGGCCCAGGUGCCUUCUUCAGAAAGCCAUGGAUGCUGUGGAUGCUGGAGAAGUAUAUCCAGUGGAGACAUCAGCUAGAAUUUCUCUCCUUAAUGGCCCAGUGUGGGUUCAAGGUGAAAAACUUGUUGGGGUGGAUGAAGUUGAGUAGUGUACGUAGUGAAGGCACUGACUUCAGAGAAGGAAACUGGCUGUUUCUGCUCCACAUGCUGUGAUGGAAGGACUAAGAGCAAAUGGGACUUUCAAAGGCGUUCCCUUCCCUGUGCUGUUGGGCUGAAAAGUGCAGCUGGCAGGAAAAAGGCAACAUGCUGGUUUCAUUUUGGGGACAAACAGGUGAAAUGAUAAUAAUUCAAGAUAUACCUCCCAUUCUGUAUUAAGGACAGAAAGUAAUCAGGGUCAUCAGUGAUCUGAAAAAUAUCCAUUUUAGGACAGUUAAAUUUCUGGUUGGCUGUUCUGGUCAAAUGCCAGGAUAACGUAUGAAUAGUGUUGCAUACUAAAAUACCACAGCACUUUUUUAGCAAACUAUUUGAAUAUUUUGGCUCCCUUUGCCUAUUGGCAUAGAACACAGGAUGGCCAAGGAUUGGUUUCGAAAGCACAUGAAUUUUAGUUCUGCUUUGUAAAUGCACAUUGUGCCUCAGCUGCAGCACACAGAGACAGGCGUCCUCUUCCCAUGCACCCCAGCCAGUGGAGUUCUUUGAAUCUUGGGAAGACGAAUGUGUUCUAUUCACAGCCCAGGAUGGACCUCAGUAACCCUCAGGAACAGCCCCUAGCUGCAGAAGAACAAGAGGAUUUGACAGACUGUAAUCUGAACAAAUCCGAGGAAAUGGAACGCAUGGAUAAUGUGGAAGAUAUGAAGGAACACAAUCAGUCUAAUGAAGAAGCAGGAGAUAAUGUGAUUAAAGUGAAAGGUGAAUACACUGAAAGAGAGGAGAGUGUUUUAAAUUCCGAGCCUAUGGAAAACCUGGAAGAAUCCGAGCUGCCUUACACAUAUCCCAGAGAAUAUAACGAAUAUGAGAGCAUUAAACUGGAAAGACACUCGGGUUCAUAUGACAACGUCAGGCCAGCUAGUGGAAAGAUGAAUUGUGAUAUCUGUGGAUUAGCCUGCAUUAGCCUCAAUGUCUUGAUGGUUCAUAAGCGUAGCCACACUGGUGAACGGCCAUUCCAGUGUAAUCAGUGCGGAGCUUCCUUUACUCAGAAGGGAAACCUCCUCCGCCACAUUAAACUACACACAGGGGAAAAACCUUUUAAGUGUCACCUGUGCAGUUAUGCCUGCCAAAGGAGGGAUGCGCUUACGGGUCACUUAAGGACACAUUCUGUGGAGAAGCCAUACAAGUGUGAGUUUUGUGGAAGGAGCUACAAGCAGAGGAGCUCAUUAGAGGAGCACAAGGAGCGGUGCCGGACUUACCUGCAGAACGCUGGCAUGUGUGAGGCUGCCAGCGUGGAGGCAAGGCACAUCAAGGCAGAGAUGGGAACUGAAAGAGCCCUUGUGCUGGACAGGCUAGCGAGCAACGUGGCAAAGAGAAAAAGCUCAAUGCCUCAGAAAUUUAUUGGAGAGAAACGGCCCAGCUUCGAUGUCAAUUAUAACUCCAGUUUCCUGUACGAAAAGGAGAGCGAGAUGAUGCACGGGCGCAUGAUGGACCAGGCCAUCAACAAUGCCAUCACCUACCUCGGGGCCGAGGCCCUGCGCCCGCUGGUGCAGACCUCGCCGGCCCCCACGGCUGAGAUGGUGCCGGUCAUCAGCAGCCUGUACCCGCUGCCGCUGCCCCGCGCCGACGUCCCCAACGGCGCCGCGCCGGAGAGCGAGAAGAGCCACGGCCUCCUCAGGGACAAGAGCCUGUCAUCCGACAGGGGCCUUUCCCCAAACAACAGCGGCCACGACUCCACAGACACUGACAGCAACCACGAGGAGAGGCCCAAUCCCACCUUCCACCAGAGCCAGGUGAUCCCGGCUCCGACCCGCAACGGCCUCCAAGCCCUGAAGGAUUUCUCGAGGCCGUACGACAUCAUCAAGCCGCCCGCCAUCUGCCCGCGCGACGCCUUCAAGGUCAUCAACAAGGAAGGGGAGGCCAUCGGGGUGUACCGCUGUGACCACUGCCGCGUGCUCUUCCUGGAUUACGUCAUGUUCACCAUCCACAUGGGCUGCCACGGCUUCCGUGACCCCUUCGAGUGCAACGUCUGCGGCUACCGGAGCCACGACCGCUACGAGUUCUCCUCACACAUAGCUCGGGGAGAGCACAGAGUCGUGCUCAAGUGAAAGGACCGGUUCUCCAAGGUCAAAGGCUCCCCAUCGGAGGGGAGGCUUGGUUGGUUGGGUUUUUAAUUAGUAUAAUGAAAUUUCUUGAGUAUUUUUCUAGGCCAGUUUUAAGUGUGUCAGAAGGUGGUGACACCUUUUUAAAUUUGUCUUUCCCAAUAAUUCAGUGUUCUGUAGCAUCUCUGCCUGGCUGCUGUGGUGAGUGGGACUGUGGGAAGCACCAGGAGCAGAGACGGGGUUUGAUAUGAACUUUAUUUUUGUGAAACUUCAGAGCCAUUUACGAUGUUUUCAAUUUUUAACUUGUGUUUGUUUUUAUAGAGUUUGCUUUAAGUCAGCACAAAAGGUUUUCAUGCCAAUUCCCCUGCUCAUUCAGGUGUAUAGUCAGAGCUGUGUUGGAGGAGAUUUUCCUAGUUAUAAUCCCAGUAGCUCAUCACCAAAACAAGGAAAACGAAGGCAGGAAAAGGGAGGGAUUAUUAAUUCCUCCUUUAAGCUUUCCCCCCAAGCCCUAACAAGAGUGUGGCACACUUUCAUUUUUCUUACCCACUGCUGACUUUCCUUAAAGUUACUCUGUAAGAGAAAAAUAAGAAAUGAGACUUAAUUGGGGUUGAGAUUUUUUUAACAGUACAUAUUUUUGGGAUACCCAGUGAGGUCACUGGUUGGCUCAUCCAUGUGGCCUGGGGGAAAUCCCAAUUUUCAUUGCUGGAAACUCCUCCUUUCUGAUGGGUGCCAAGAAGGAGGAUGAAGCUGUGCUGUGUGUUGUGCCUCUCUGCCUUGUUCCCACAGCAGGACAUGUGGCCAUGCCAUACAUGUCCCCAUAGGGUGGCCCUGGCUGGCUGUGGGCAGGUGAGACCUCAGGCAGGUGUGUGAGAGCCACACCUGCAGCGGGGCAGCCCUUGGGAGGUGCUGCUCCACACCCUGAGCAGGUGCCAUCCCUUUGAAGCUGGUUUUUACAACAGUUCUUUGAAUCUCCCCAUGGCCCCGCAGCUGUGUCGGUGUCCCUGUGCUGGAGAGGGGUUUGGUAACGGCUUUGCUGAGUGAAGGUUUAGUCUUUGCAAAGUAUUUUUGCAUCCCGUAGUUAGGAGUGUUCUGAUGGACUUUCUGCAUCCCUUGUGUGAUUUGAGAGCUGUGUUGCUUUCGUGUUAUCCUUGGUGAUCCAAUCACUUCCCUGAGGGAAGGCUGGAGGGCUGAGGGACAAGAAAUACUGAAAUUCAUCCCUCCCUCUGAAUUCUUUUCGCUCACUUAUUUCCUCCCUGAAUGUUAAGGUACAAAAUAAGAAAUUUAUGUUCAUUUUUCCCACUAACAGUGGGUCUGGAGAGGGAUAAAUCAGCCUGCAGUGUGCCUGGGUAUCCAGAGUGCUGUGGAAGCUCUAAUCCAGGAUCCUGCUAUCCCUGAGGAGAACUCUUUUACUGUUAUGUGUGGAGCUGUAAAGCAGGAUUAGGAUGUUUACCAGAGCCCCACCAUGAGAAAGGUGUAUGUUUGCUCUCCCCCAGUGAGCACAAUGUGACCAAUGCUCCUCCUGUGAGGGAGGCUGCAGUUCCAUCAGGGAUCAGCCCCAAAGGCCAAACCUUGGGGUCCACAAAACAGAGGGAAAGGGAGGGGAAGGGAGCGAGAGAAUUCCCAGAGGACAAAAAGAAGGUUCCGCUGCUGCCCUGACGUUUUUAAGUCCGACAUUUUUAGGACAUUGUGGUUGUCUUUAUCAAUUUCUCAUUUUGUGACAAGCUUGCUUUUCAAUGGCUUAGUUUUCAAGACCAAAGAAUUGUCAAUAAAUGAAUAAAAUAUUUAAAUAAUGA